AUGCUAAAAUUCAUUAUCCCUACUGUCAUACUAAUACCUUUAACUUGACUAUCAAAAAACAAAUUCAUCUGAAUUAACACCACAACCCACAGCUUACUAAUCAGCUUUACAAGCCUACUCCUACUUAACCAAUUUAACGAUAGCAGUCUUAACUACUCCUUGACAUUUUUCUCUGAUUCCCUUUCUGCACCACUCUUAAUGUUAACAAUAUGACUCCUACCAUUAACACUAAUAGCAAGUCAAUCGCACCUUGUAAAAGAACCACUUACCCGAAAAAAACUCUACAUCACAAUACUAAUCAUACUACAAAUCCUUCUAAUCAUAACCUUCACCGCCACAGAACUAAUUAUAUUUUACAUCACAUUUGAAUCCACACUAAUCCCCACCCUCAUCAUCAUCACCCGCUGAGGCAACCAACCAGAACGACUCAAUGCAGGACUCUACUUCCUAUUCUACACACUUAUAGGAUCCCUCCCACUACUAGUUGCACUAACAUACCUACAAAAUACACUAGGCUCCCUAAACUUCCUACUACUACAAUACUGAGCCCAACCACUUCCUAUUUCCUGAUCUAACACCCUCAUAUGACUAGCCUACAUGCUAGCUUUCCUAGUAAAAAUACCUCUAUAUGGUCUACACCUCUGAUUGCCCAAAGCACAUGUAGAAGCCCCUAUUGCAGGCUCAAUAGUACUUGCGGCCGUAUUAUUAAAACUCGGAGGCUAUGGUAUACUACGGAUCACAUCAAUCCUCAACCCCAUAACAGAACACAUAGCCUAUCCCUUCCUUGUACUAUCUCUAUGAGGAAUGAUUAUAACCAGCUCUAUCUGCUUACGCCAAACAGACCUAAAAUCACUAAUCGCAUACUCCUCAAUCAGCCACAUAGCACUCGUCAUCACAGCCACCCUCAUCCAAACACCUUGAAGCUACAUAGGAGCCACUGCCCUAAUAAUCGCCCACGGCCUUACAUCCUCCAUAUUAUUCUGUCUAGCAAACUCAAACUACGAACGAACUCACAGCCGAACCAUAAUCUUAACACGAGGCCUACAAAUCUUUCUCCCACUAAUAGCCACCUGAUGACUACUGGCAUGCCUAGCAAACCUCGCCCUACCCCCUACCAUUAACCUGAUUGGAGAGCUACUUGUAAUUACAUCAACCUUCUCAUGAUCGAACCUCACCAUUAUCCUCAUAGCAACAAAUAUCCUAAUUACAGCCCUUUACUCCUUAUAUAUACUAAUCAUAACACAACGCGGCAAACACACACAUCACAUCAAUAAUCUCACUCCUUCCUUUACACGAGAACACGCCUUAAUAGCCCUGCACAUUAUCCCCCUACUACUCCUAUCACUAAACCCUAAAAUCAUCCUAGGAUCCCUUUACU